AGAAAAGAAAAUAGCCAUCUCAGAGCUGAUAUGUAUUCCAUGUCCUGUAGUUUUGUAGUUUGGUCUCUUAGGGCCGCUGUUGACCAGAGUGUCUGAGACUAAGAGCAUGAAUGUAGCCCCACCAGCCGUGUUACAGCUACAUAAUAGAUUAGGUACACGUCAGACGACGAUGAGACAGAUACCAUGAAGAAGUAUGAUUAAAACCGAGAGAAAAAAAUUGUACUUUAUAAGGCUUUCUCUGUUUGAACCGAUAACAAAGCUGUGGAUCUAAGAGUGGACCUGGAUGUUCAGAGGUAUCUUUUUGUGGAACGUACUGGAACCUUAGUAGGCAUAAAUCGGACAGAACAAUGAAUCGGCAAGUACUGUUGUUAAUUUCCCUCAUUUCUCUCAAUUUGGUGUCCGGACAGAUCAGCUAUUCUAUUCCAGAGGAAAUGCUAAAAGGAUCUUUAGUUGGAAAUAUCGCUCAGGAUUUGGGUUUGGAAAUUAAACGUUUUAUAUCAGGAAAGGCAAGAAUUUAUACGAGGAACAGCGAGGAGUACAUCGAGCUUAACAGAGAAAGGGGUGUUCUCCUCGUAAAGGAAAGAAUUGACAGAGAGGCGCUGUGUACAGAGACUGCGCUUUGUGCUUUGCAUUUUCAGAUCAUUUUAGAAAAUCCUAUGGAAUUUUACACUGUUACAGUGCAGAUCACAGAUAUUAAUGAUAACCCACCAACCUUUGAAAAAACUGAAAUGAAAUUCAAAAUCAGCGAGUCUGCAGUGAUCGGAGCUAAAUUUGUGCUACAAAGGGCUGUGGAUCUGGAUGUUGGCACAAAUGAUGUCCAAAACUAUUUAUUAAAACCAACGGACCAUUUUACUCUUAAACUACACAGCAGCAACAAUGGCAAUAAGAACGUCGAGAUGAUAUUACAGAAGCCUUUAGAUAGAGAGAAACAAGAACAGAUAUCUCUCGUGUUAACAGCUGUAGAUGGAGGAGAGCCGCAGAUGACUGGAACAAUGCUGAUUGCCAUCACAGUUUUGGAUGCUAAUGAUAAUGCUCCAGUUUUUACACAGCAAACAUACAAAGCUACAGUAAGAGAAAAUUCCUCUAAAGGAACAGUGGUUGCCACUGUUACAGCGUCAGAUGCCGAUCAUGGCUCUAACAGUAGAAUUACAUAUUCAAUUACAAACACGCUAGACAAUGUAAAGAAUGUUUUCCAAGUAGAUGAAGUCAAUGGACAAAUUUCAUUAAUUGACGACAUUGACUUCGAGAAAUCGAAGUUUUUUCAAAUAAAUUUACUUGCUAGUGAUAACGGAGGGCUUACAGACUCAUGCAAAUUAACGGUCGAUGUACAAGAUGUAAAUGACAACAAACCUGAAAUAAACAUAAUGUCGAAGUCUAGUGUCAUAUCAGAGGACGCUAAGCUCAAUACAGUCGUCACAAUGAUAAAUGCGGAGGAUAUCGACUCGGGAGAAAAUGGAAACGUCAAAUGCUAUAUUAGUGAAAAUGUACCAUUUAUUUUAAAAUCAUCAAGAAGUAGUUUUUAUAGUCUCGUUACAGAUAGCGAAUUAGACAGAGAAAUUGCAUUUGAAUAUAAUAUCACAGUAACCUGCUCUGAUGAGGGAGUACCCUCCCUCUCCAGCAGCGUCACUCUCACCUUACAGAUCUCUGAUGUGAAUGACAACGCACCUGUCUUUGAGAGGAGCUCAUAUGAGGCCUACAUAGUAGAAAACAACACACCUGGUCUCUCUAUAUUCACAGUGAAAGCUACAGACGCUGACUGGAACCAGAAUGCCCGUGUUUCUUACAUUCUGGAGGACUCCUCUGUUAACGGAGUGCCAGUCUCCUCAUAUGUGUCCGUUAGUGCUGAUAGUGGAGUCAUCCAUGCAGUGCGCUCUUUUGACUACGAGCAGAUCAAAGAUUUCCAGUUCCGCGUCAAAGCGCAGGAUGGAGGAUCUCCUCCACUCAGCAGCAAUGUGACUGUGAAAAUACUGAUCCAGGACCAGAACGAUAACCCUCCUCAGGUUCUGUACCCAGUCCAGACUGGUGGCUCUGUGGUGGCUGAAAUGGUUCCUCGUUCAGCAGAUGUGGGUUAUCUGGUCACUAAAGUGGUGGCUGUUGAUGUGGACUCUGGACAGAAUGCCUGGCUCUCCUAUAAACUACAGAAAUCCACAGACAGGGCGCUGUUUGAAGUAGGAUUACAGAAUGGAGAAAUAAGAACUAUCCGCCAAGUGACUGAUAAAGAUGCUGUCAAACAAAGACUGACUGUUAUCGUGGAGGACAACGGACAGCCCUCUCGUUCAGCUACAGUCAUUGUUAACGUGGCGGUGGCGGACAGCUUCCCUGAAGUGCUGUCGGAGUUCACUGACUUCACACACGACAAGGAGUACAAUGACAACCUGACUUUUUACUUAGUGUUGGCUCUGGCUGUAGUUUCCUUCCUCUUCAUCACGUGUUUAGUUGUUAUUAUAUCAGUGAAAAUCUACAGAUGGAGACAGUCUCGCAUCCUGUACCACUCCAACCUCCCUGUGAUUCCAUAUUAUCCUCCACGUUACUCAGACACUAUGGGAACAGGAACUCUUCCACACGUGUACAAUUACGAGGUGUGCAGGACUACUGACUCCAGAAAGAGUGACUGUAAGUUCGGCAGAGCUGGUAGUCAGAACGUGCUGAUAAUGGACCCCAGUUCUACAGGAACGAUGCAGAGGAUACAGAAUGAGAAGAGCAUCCUGGACGAACCAGACUCUCCUCUAGAGGUUAGAAUAUAUUUUUCUUCUAUUUAUUACCACCUUUAA